CGAGAAGCCCAUUCAAACGGUUCGCGUGCGUACUUUGCGCUUCGACGUUUCAUUGAAGGGAGAGUGUUUUCUGAACGAAGGGGGGCGACAGAAAAAAAGCCGGGUCUUUGUGUGGAUGUUUUGGCUCGGAACAGUGUGUGGGGGACUUGUGAACAAAAAGGAAGCAGACAACAUUAAGUUUGGUGGAGUUGUUUUUUUUGGUAGUUCAUUGUAAAAGAAUAGCAAAGCUAUCGUAUUAAGUGACAGUGAAUUGCGGAAAACUGUGAACUGAGUGAGUCAUUCAGUUAUUAGCGGAGAAGCUAUAAUACUGCGGAUUAUUGUUUGGAAUAUCUUCUGUCCUGGCGGCGGUACACCACUUUUCGAUUUUCGCUCGAGUUAACUUGCAGCUCCACGUGAUGUCUCCGACCGCCGUUGGGGCGGACCUGGGCCCAUCCGAUGAUGGUCCAAUCGUUCAGCAGCAGCAUCAGUUUAUGGAGGACAGCGAGACGUCCAACAGCAGCCAGCCCCAGUCCAGAGUCAUCGUGGUCACCCCGGCAGCCUCGCCGAACGCAACGAGCUUUUCGGUCAUAAAUUACGUCGGCAAAGUACAGAAGCAAUCAUCCCACCGAUCCACGGGACGAUGUCGGACACCGUAUGAGCGUUCUUCCCGUCCAAGUCGCGUCGAAUCGCUUGACGAAGCAACCAACUCAUCGACGGCGUCAUCCGUGGACUACUGCUCGGGGACCGGCGACUCGGCGUCCAUCGUGAGCGACGCACCCGACAUGGUCGAUCUGGACGAAGAACAAGACGGCGAAGGUGGCCAGCGACCACUGCCACCACACCAGGGUCAGCUCAACUUGGCGCCUCAUCUGUACCACGGUCCGCGAAGUCGACGCUCGAUGAGCGUUUCCUCAAGUGGGUGCUCUAGCUCGAUGGACGAUCGGAACUGCGACUUUUCACCGCUGGGCAGCAGCACUGGAUGCCGCUGCACGUCCCUCAGCAUAUCGGACUUUGACGACGAUGGUUUUCGCGAGGACGGUAGCGUGUCCUCGAUGUACUCAGUAUUUUCUUCCUCGCGGUCGUACCAGCCGCACCACCCGCUGCACCACAACCACCAGCACGUUCCGCACCACCCGAACAACACCAAGGGUCUGUUCGACAUCGCGCUCAAGACGGUCAAGCUGAUCCGGCGCAACCAGGAGCUGCAGAUGCGGCUCGCCCAGCUCCAGGUGGAAACCAACGCGUUCAUCGAGUCCGUCAUGGCAAACCCGGAGAACGAAACGCUGCGGAACCGCUUCCAAACCGCGGCGGCAUCGUCAGCGGGCACGACGCCGGCCACCGUGGCGCUGAAGUAAAGCGACCUCUUCCACGAAAAAAAAAAAAAUAAACAGAAAACAGUCAGUGCGCGAUCUCAAUCAGCCUGUAGCAUUCCCAAAUAAACAAGCAACACUCUGUAGCUUAGAACCACGUUGCGACGGACACAAUGAAACGCAUCAAAACUGCUUAAAUGAGAUAUCAUUUGGUUGUUCACAAAUAUUUAGUAUUGAUAAGCUGACGUUGUUUUUUUUAAUUUUCGAACAUUUACUUGUGCAGAAGUCGGUGUAGAUUAACGUAAAA